UCCAUUUGGGUUUGUAUCAAACAAAUAGCAAAAAAAUCAUGUGCAGAUACACUGCUUGGAGUCUAUAAAUCACCAUAUAGAAACACCUUACCUAUAAUAAUAAAAUUUAAAAAAAAUCCCAUACUCUCUCUCUCUCUCUCUCAAUGAGUACAGUUAGUGACAGGGUGAGCAAUGGUAGUCAAGAAGAAUUUGAGCUAAGAAGAGGGCCAUGGACUCCUGAGGAAGACAAUCUGCUUAUCCAUUACAUUACUUGCCAUGGUGAAGGACGUUGGAAUUUGUUAGCCAAAAGUGCAGGAUUGAAGAGAAAUGGAAAAAGUUGUAGAUUGAGAUGGCUAAAUUAUUUAAAACCUGACAUUAAGCGCGGAAACCUCACCCCACAAGAACAACUCUUGAUCCUUGAACUCCAUUCCAAGUGGGGUAACAGGUGGUCAAAAAUUGCACAACACCUACAUGGAAGAACCGACAAUGAAAUAAAGAACUAUUGGAGAACAAGGGUGCAAAAACAGGCGCGCCAACUCAAAAUUGAGUGUAACAGCAAGGGAUUUCUUGAGGCAAUACGUUGUGUUUGGAUGCCAAGAUUACUUGAACAAAUGAAGCAAACUCCAUCACCAUCUUCGUCAUCGUCUCAUUCUACUCCUCUUUCAACCAUGGAAGCUCAAAACUUUACUAUUACUUCUCUACAUCCCAACUUGCAAGCCCCUUUGACAUUAUCAUGUCUACAACCAAGCAAGUUAGAAAGUCUCAAUCAACCCAUUGAAGAAUCAAGUUCAAUGACCAAAUCAAUAAUUGGUUUCCCAGAUUCAAUGAGAACAUCACAAUUGCCUGACAUUUUAGAGCACCCAACAAGUCCAGCUCAUGAGGCCUUUGGCAAUAGUGACAAUAGUUCACUUGUAAAUGAUUGUUACUAUGUGGAUAUUGGUAACUAUGAAGUGGAGGACUUCAACUUGCUUUCUCCCAUGUCGGUAGAGGGGCCUCGUGACCUUUUGUUCUCGGAUGGACAGAUGGCGGGAAGCAAUUGGAUCGGUGAUGACAUGGCCGGUACCUUAUGGAACAACAUGGAUGAGUUGUGGCAAUUUAGGAAGCCGGAAGAGUUGGGCAUCUAGGGUGGACUUCUUAUUAUUGGAGGACCUACGUGCCAAGUACUCAUCAUGAGGCAUUUAACUUUGUACUAAUAACCUAUCUACCAAGUACUCAUCAUGAGGCAUUUGACUUUGUACUAUAUUAAUCCAUAGGGUAAAUUACACUUUACAUAUUUAUAUUGUACAUCAAAUCUUAUUUCGAUUCUUUAUUUUCUAAUUGUAACAGUUAAUUGCUUGUA